AUGUUGGCAAUGCAUGAGUUAAGAUCGAGUGUUGCAUGCGAAUCCGUUGUACCAUCAGCCUGUUUACAAGUAGCUCUCAAUAUAGUUCCAUUAAGACUAAUAUCUCGGCUUGAACGAUCAAAACCACUCAUAAUGCUUGUUUGGCAAGAACAAUGUACAACACUUGUAUUUCAACGGCCAAUACCACAACCAAUAAAAUUAUUUUCGUAUUGCAAAAGCUCGUAUUAUUCUUAUAUAACAACUCGAAAUAUCUAUGUACCACUUGACCGUUUCGAUGGUUCGAAUCCGAUAAUUAUUCCAACAUCACCAGGCAAUGGUAUAUUUAUCUAUCGAUUAAAUGAAACUUUUCUAUAUCCAAAUGCUUAUUAUUAUAUGGAACGUUUGGUUGAACAAAUCUUUCGUGAAACUAAACCAGAAAAAAUAAAUCUAUAUGGUUCACUCGGUGAACAACCAUGGAAUUUAAAGAUCAGUCGUCAUCCAGAAAAAGAUCUACGAAAAGAUGAUCAAAGUCCACGUUUACAUGCUUUAAUUUUACAUUUCACUGGUAUUACUCAUUUGGAUAUAAUUGGUUUGCAAAAUCUUGUUGAUGUUCGUGCACAAUUAGAUCGAUAUGCAGUUAAAAAAAAAUUAAUUGGCAUUUUAUUGGCUUAUCAAAUCCUUGGAUGA